GGGACAACCAUCGGGACAACCACUGGACAAGCAUGGGGACAGUCCCAGGCACGCCCGCCAGGCACACCCCUGCCGGCUCGGACCCGACUCCUUCUGGCAAGGUUUGGAUCCAGCUAGCGCAGGACCUGAAUUCGCGCUGUCGCGCCUCGCCCGCACGCUCGUCGCGCACGACACGGACGGAAGCCGAAGUCGAGUUCCCGCUCGGGGGACUUCGUUUUGCGUCGGCCUCGCCCCCCAACCUCCGAUCCGUGCGGUGUUGUUAGAGCGGUGUUGUUAGAUGGCAGGGUGGUUUUGGUGCGCGUUUGCUGAAUGGUUCCUCUGUAACGCUUGCGUAUUACACCACCCAGCGCAAGGCUAUGGGAGAUACGGCGACGCGGCUGUGCACCCCCCCAGUGGAACUCGAGGUGCAGUGCCCUACGACCUUGGAGCCCAUCUACCCUUCGUGGAAGUCUCACUUCAACCCCGUGUUCCAGAAGACGAGAGCGUUCCUGACGCAGAGAGGCGACAAAGACACCAACAUCGUCGUCCUCGGCCCGACAGGCGCCGGCAAGUCCACGAUCAUCAACAUGUUGUUCAAUAGGAAGGUCGCCAAGGUGAAGGCAACCGCGAAGUCUGUGACGAAGCAAAUGCACAUUUAUUCUGGGACCUUCACCUUCAGGGAACAGACCCGGACAGUGAAUGUGAUUGACAGCGUAGGGUUUUGCGACAGCGUCAUGCCUGCAUCAGAUGUGACUCGCAUGGUCAAAGAGUUCAUCAAGUCGAGCGUUUUCCACGUACACAAGGUGUUGAUUGUGUGUGCUGGUCGCAUUGAGGACGAGCAGUCGCAAGCGAUAAAGAAUUUCAUGGAGUGGCUGGAUUAUCAGCACUAUAAGUCUCAAUUCAUCUUCAUAUAUAAUAAGAGUGAGAAUUUAACCCCCGCUGAAAGAACGGAGUGCUUGGGAGAGAUGUGCGAUUUGCUUGGUGCGGAUUCGAACUUUGGUGCAAUCGAGGACGUUGCAGGGGAGCAGGUCCGCUUGAAUUACACUAUUUCGACUGCUUUCCCUGCGCACUUCCGCCUCGAGCAAAUCGGGGAUGACCUGCGGAAUCUGUAUAAUGCUGCGUUCUAUAUCCGCAAGGACCAUCGUGCGAUCGAGGUCCAGGAGGCGAGCUGCCGCAUUCUGUAGUGCACCGCGUUGGCUGCUGCUGGCGCGACGGGAUGGCAUGACCUCUGAUAUUUGGCGCGCCUGCCGGCAUUUUGGUUGAACCUGUACAUACAGACGGCCUGGCAGUGCGCGCCAGGCAUCCGUCGCGGUCUUCCCACGGCGCGAGGACGUCAGGGGAAUGCCGCGCCUCGAGCCUCUCGAGCCUCGAAAACUGGGUGCGGGCCGCCGGGGAUCGCAGGCCAAACUCACAACGGGGCAUAGGAUCCCUACAGGCUCCCGCCGCCGGCAAGAUCCUGAAGACAACGACGGUGACACGACCGCAGCGGGGG